AUGUUGGAAGAAGCAGCCGUGAUACAAACGGCUUUCAGUGCGGUGUUGGAGGAAGCGGAGAGCUCCGUUUCGAUGCCUUCGCGUAAUACUCUUCCUUCUUCUUCGUCGCAUAAAGUGUUGUCAAGCAAUGGGCAUCGACGCAAGGGGCACAGAAAACCGACGAAGUUAGCCGCACCAGCUAGCGAGGAAGUGGGUGACGCGCCAGAAAAACAUGAGACAUUGAAAACUUGUCACGAUGGGCAGAUGGGGCGGUUACUCCGCCCACUUCGCGGGUUGAUGGGAUUUAUCUGGUCGGGAGUCAGGUCGGUGCUGCGUUUCGUCUAUCGAUUAGGAGAGAAUCCCCUCGUCGCUUGGGGUCUCCUGUGCCUGCUGGUGAUCCAGGAACAUCAGAUCCACCUCCUCUACCGGGGCGGGUGCAGAGCCCUCGAUGCGCUGAAUGCCGAAUGCACAUCGCCUGCUCGACAUUCCUUUGGAGGUGCCGCGUGCCGGGGAUUGCCCAGCGAAUGCAGGCCUGAGCUGGAGGAAAGGGACAUACUGGAAAGACACCAGAUUCGCAAGGAAACGGUCGAUGUCAGACGAGACCUGACUCUGAAUUUUCGAUCUCAGUGUGCAUACAUGCUGAUGCUGGGAAUGUUAGGGGGGAGUCUGCUGGCACUUGGACUUCUGUGCCAGACGAUCGGGUGCAUUGUGAGAUUUUUUUCGACGCCAGCCGGCUCCCCAUGUGAACGGAUUGGUAGACAUGGGGCGGCCGAGGAGAAGUUAAGGAAUUCAGGGACUGAUCCUGCCUUAGGCGAAACACGGAAUUCUUUAUCUGCAACGGUCUCUACGGCAGACAAAGCAGGAGAUAUUAGGACAUGUGAUCACGGCGGCGCAUCUGUCGCCACACCCGUUACACCGGACAAAUAUCCACAACAGUGGCAGAAUAGAGGAUGCGUCAGACCUCCUACGUGCGACCGGGCGCAGCAGACUGAUGAUGUUCUCGGCCCUCAUCUGGCGCAGAGUUCCGGAGUGCGAACACGCAGUCCUACUAUCUGUGAAGGCGGACCCUGUAAAGUAGGUUCCGACGGCGAUAUGCAAGAACCAUGUAGUCCCCCAGGGGAAGUGUCUCGAGAUGUUUCUGGAGCACGAGCACCAGAGACAUUUUACAUCGGCGAUGAUGAAGGUGAGGCAGAAAUGGGAAGCAGUGUCGGCACGCUGAAUGACGACCUCUUCCUGUUGCGGAACCCUGCUAGCGGCGACGGGAAUAGCCUUGUCUGGUGA